CUGACAGUGGUGGAUUCUGAUGGUGCCAGUAACUCAACCACAGCAGUUGUCACCGUGCACAAAGCAGUAGACUAUCCACCUGUAGCCAAUGCUGGUGCAAAUCAGGUCCUCACAUUGCCCAAGAACUCCAUUAUGUUGUAUGGCAACCAAAGCACAGAUGACCAUGGAAUCGUCAGCUAUGAGUGGUCCCUAAGCCCAAAGAGUAAAGGCAAAGUUGUUGAAAUGCAGGGUGUACGAACAUCAUCUCUCCAGUUGUCAGCAAUGCAGGAAGGUGACUACAUCUUUCAACUUACAGUCACAGACUCUGCAGGCCACCAGGCCACAGCUGAGGUGAUGGUAAUAGUGCAACCAGAAAAUAAUAAACCUCCAGUGGCUGAUUCUGGUCCUGAUAAAGAGCUGACCCUUCCUGUGGACAGCACGAUAUUGGAUGGCAGUAAAAGCACAGAUGACCAGAAAAUUACAUCCUACUUGUGGGAAAAAACAAGUGGCCCUGACGGUGUGAAAAUCGAGAAUGCAGACAGCGCGAUUGCCACAGUAACAGGUCUUCAGGUUGGGUCAUAUGAGAUUACACUGACAGUGAAGGAUGAACGAAACCUGGAAAGCCACGAUUCUGUUAGAAUAAUUGUGAGAGAGGAAGUCAAUAAGGCUCCAGUUGCUAAGAUAACAAGGAAUGUUGUGAUCACCCUCCCUAAUAACACAGCUAUGCUUGAUGGAUCAAAAUCAUCAGAUGAUAAGGGAAUUGUCAGCUACCUUUGGACGAGAGAUGAAAGCAGUCCAGCAGCUGGAGAUGUGCUAAAUAACACUGAUCACCAGCCUGUGCUUUUCCUGUCCAAUUUGGUUGAAGGACUAUAUACAUUUUGUCUCAAAGUAACUGAUGCAAAAGGAGAAAAUCAUAUCGACAGGGCAACACUGGAAGUCAGACCUGAUCCCCAAAAGAAUGAUCUUGUAGAAAUUAUCCUGGAUGUCAGUGUCAGCCGGUUAACUGAGAGACAAAAGGGCAUGUUACUUAGGCAAAUAGCUGUCCUCCUUGGAGUCCUUGAUUCGGACAUUACUGUGCAAAAAAUUCAACCUUACACCGAACAGAGUACACAGAUUAUCUUUUGUGUGAGGAAUACACAAGCUCAUCAGGUGUUGAGGGGCCAGGAUGUUGCUCGGAUACUGAAGAAUAAAUUUCGGAAGCAGAAAUCAGACUUCCUAGUUUUCCGGGCUCUCCAAGUCAAUACAGUCAUCUGUCAGUUGAAUUGUUCAGACCAUGGUCGGUGUGAUUCUUUCAAUAAACGUUGUCUCUGUGAUCCAUUCUGGAUGGAGAACUUCAUUCGAGUUCAAUUGGGAGAUGGAGAACGCAACUGUGGUAAGUGC